UCUUCCCAUCCCUCUUCUUUCUAUUUUUUCUUCCCCGUUCCUCUGUGAAAAGCAACAACCUUUUGGGCUCGGAUUCUAGAGAGAGAAAGUAGAGAGAGAAAAUGCAUACGCUUUGAGGUCAAGAGUCUCUCGCCAUUGAGGAUACGUUAAGUUCCGAGGAAGAAUUCCUGAGGAAUUUUCGUUUUAGAUUAGAUUUCUGGCGUCAGGAUUGGAGAUUUGGAUUUUGAAGUCCCAAAAGUUAGUCCAUGUUCUAUUUGAUGCUAGGAGGCACGUUGAGCUUCGAUAUAUUAGUUUAAUAGAGUAAUCUGGCCAUCAAGGAAGCACCGAUAUCUCCGUGAAUAAUACUUGAAAAACCUGGUUGGUACCAUAUUAUGGGAAACGAUGAAGAGGGAAAGUCUGCGAAAUCUGAAAAAUCAUCUGCACCCUCAACACCGGAUCAGACAAAUCACACAAAUCAGACCAACGUUCACGUCUAUCCUGAUUGGGCAGCCAUGCAGGCAUAUUAUGGUCCCAGAGUUACUCUCCCGCCAUAUUACAACUCAGCUGUGGCUUCUGGCCAUGCUCCUCAUCCUUAUAUGUGGGGUCCACCACAGGCCAUGAUGCCCCCUUAUGGGGCGCCUUAUGCGGCAAUCUACUCACAUGGAAGUGUUUAUGCGCAUCCUGCGGUCCCUGUUGCAGCGCAUGGUCAAGGAAUUCCAUCAUCACCUGCUGCUGCGCCUCCUUUGAGCGUGGAAACACCUACAAAGUCAUCUGGCACCACCGAGAAGGAGUUAGUGAAAAAAUUGAAAGGAUUUGAUGGACUUGCCAUGUCCAUAGGCAAUGGUAAUGCUGAGGCUGUAGCUGAACAGAGGGCGUCACAGAGUACGGAGACCGAUGGUUCAAGUGACGGAAGUGAUGGGAAUAGUAUUGGGGCUAACCAAAGCAGAAGAAAAAGAAGUCGAGAGGGGACACCAACCACUGUUGGAGAUGAGAAGACUGAGAAGCAGGCAAAGCGAGUCUCCACUAGUGAGAUAAAUGCCGUCUCAGAUAAGACAUUGGGUGCAACUGUUCCACCUUCCGGCAUCCCAGGAAAGUUGGUUGGGUCUGUAGUUUCUCCUGGCAUGACGACAGCAUUGGAAUUGAGGAAUUCUAACCUAAGCACUAAGACUAGUCCUACGGCUACCCUCAACAAUACUUGUGCAGUAUUGCCAGCUGACUCUUGGUUACACAAUGAGCGGGAGCUGAAGCGAGAGAGAAGAAAACAGUCCAACCGAGAAUCUGCUAGGAGGUCGAGGUUGAGGAAGCAGGCCGAGACUGAGGAACUUGGACACAAGGUUGAGUCCUUGACUGCUGAGAACGUGGCGCUUCAAUCUGAAUUGAAUCGACUGACAGAAAACUCAAAGAAGCUGAGGCUAGAGAAUGCUAAAUUAGAAGAUAAGCUGAAAAAUGUUCAACUAGGACAUACAGAAAAGAUUCUAUUGAAUGACGUGGAUAAACCUAUCAGCACAGAGAACCUCCUUUCUAGGGUUAACAAUUCUGGUUCCAUUGAUAGGACUGCUGAGGAAGAGAAUGACAUGUAUGAGAAAAACUCGAACUCAGGAGCCAAGCUGCAUCAACUCCUAGAUACAAGUCCGCGGGCUGAUGCUGUUGCUGCUGGGUGAUUGAGGGACCGGUAAUUUCACGGUCUUUUUAAUUAUGUAGUUUUGGCAUAUUUCAAGCCCAAAAUUACUGCUAACAAUAAGCAGGGGAAUGAUACGGCUCAACAGAAUUGGCGUCUACAUAAACUGAUGUUUCUAAUUUCUUUUAUUUGCGAGUUAGCUCUCAGGGAAGAACUGAUGCUUUUCUAAUUAGAAUUCAGAGUGGCUGGGACGGCCACUGAAAGGUAGUGUACAUUGACGAGAUUUUAUAGACUUAAAAAAAAGAUUAGGGAAAACGGUUUGUGUGUGUCUGUUGGUUGUGUAAUUUUAUUUACUAGUGAUGUGAAGACCAUGCAAAAUAUGUGAACCAUGAAGACUCGGUUUACUCUCUCUGCCAGGUGCUUUAAUUCCUUGGCAAGCUUGCUUGGUUGUUUUUAGUUAAACAUAAUGGUAGAGUAUUGUAUUAACCACCUUUUGCUUAAUCUUCUUGUUCUGUGAUGUGAAUUUUAUUCAACUAAUGAAUUAUGGCAUAAAAUACUUUUUCUUAAUAUUCU